GUGCGGAAUCAAGCAACAACACAUUUUUAGGCGCACGACCCAGCGCAAACGUUAUCAAAGCACCGAUCUACGACACCAAGGCUCCAUCGCAUGAGCCUCUGCCCACAACUCAGACACCUACGCUCAUGUACCCAACAUACACCCACCUACGCUCAUGCAAUCAACAUACACCCACCUACGCUCAUACAGUUAACAUACACACCCCUACGCUCAUGCAACCAAUGUACACACUUCUACGCUCAUGCAACUAA